CUGAAACCCUACCUCUCCAAAUUUGGCGAACAAAUAAGGCGAUUGAUUGAUCGAUCCGUUGAUCGGGACAUCGGCGGCGAUGUCUAGCUCGUCGUCGCCGUGCGCGGCGUGCAAGCUGCUGCGCCGGAAGUGCACGUCGGAGUGCAUCUUCGCGCCGUACUUCCCGGCGGAACACCCGGAGAAGUUCGCCAGCGUGCACCGGGUGUUCGGCGCCAGCAACGUCGGGAAGCUGCUGAAGGACGUCGCCCCCGGACGGCGGGAGGACGCCGUGGCGUCGCUCACCUACGAGGCCGAGGCGCGCAUCCAAGACCCGGUCCACGGAUGCGUCGGGCACAUCUGCCUCCUCCAGCGCCGCCUCGCCGAGAUCCAGCGCAGCCUCGCCGAGGCCAGGAAGGAGCUCGCCACCUUCCUCGGCCCCGCGGCCGCCUACGCGCCCUCCAUGUUAUUCCCCCACAACCAUCUCCACCUCCAACAACACCGCCACCAGCUCCAACACCGCCCCCUCCACGCCGCCGCCGCCGCCGCCGCCGUUUCGCCGUUCACGGAGAUGACGAACCCCAACGUUAGCGCCGGCAUUGGCCUCUCUCAGCUGCAUCGUCAUCAAGCAUACGACGACAGGGCGAUGGCCGGAGGGCGGCAGCUGGUUACUUUCCCGGCGCCGGAGCAGGAGCAGAUUGAAUGGCAGUUUGGAAUGGAGCAAUUAAGAGUUAGGGAAGGUUUAAAUUAGCUGAUUAGUGCAAUAACCAUGUUCAUUUAUAUAUAUAUAAUUCACUGUUACAAUUGGACAGAUUAAUUAUAUUAAUUUAGAUUGA